AUGGUUCAACGUGUUCCUAUUCAAUUAACUUCUCUCCCAACGGAAAUCCUUUUCCUCGUAAUCUUUUGUAUCGAUAAUCCUAAAGAUCUGCGCUUUUUAUCUUCUACAAAUCAUCUGUUUCGGGCCUUAUCAGGACCGCAUACAGUAACAGCACAGCUAUGGUUCGUGCGAUACAGCCGUGAUAUUCCACCUGAGGACCGUUUAAAGUUAGCAAAUGAAUGGCGAUUCCCUUUAGAGACUGAUUAUGCAAAACAACUUAUCACUAUAAACGCGCCACCAGAUCCUCCAGGCUUGGCUGCAGAAUUGCCAGGUCCAAAGAGAGCAUUACGUCGACAAGAACGUGUGAUGCAUAUUGUUGAAAGGUUUAGCCUAUUUUUGCACAAUAUGUUAGCGGUAAACUACUAUUACACUCAUGAUUGGGAUGCCCUACAACGCGUGGCGGAUGAUGUUGAACAAUAUCUAGAAGAUUUGGGUUGGGUACAAUUUUAUCGUGGUCAGAUGGAUCGUGGAAUUGAUUCAAUGCUGGUCUCUACGGUUCAAGCUGACCAAGAAUUUGAGGCCAUAGCAUUUGAGGAUUUUACUAGAAAAUUAAAAAAUGAUAUUGCUUCUGUUUCUAAUAUUACUACAUCGAGCUCAAGCAAACAUAGUAGUAUAACAAGUGGCGACAGCAGAUAUGCUAGAAGCGUUGGUAGUGAUGAUUUCAAUAACUAUAGCGAAAAAAGUAAUAAAAGUA